UUAACCGUGGGAGCACCUGAUUUAAAGUCAAAAGCAUUUGUGGGAUAUUUUUAAAUGUGAGCGGUUUUGGCUCCUGGGGCUCUUGGACCAAAUCAGCACCAGAUCGCACGAGGGUUCAGUGUCGGUUAUUAGAUCGGGAUUUUCGACUCCGAUUUCGGUGCUCGCGGUUUAUCCUGUUCGAGACUUCCCGCGUCAAUUUGAAUCUUCGUCCGGUCAUUCACCAGCCUGGUAGAACUUUGUGGUGGAAUUACCUCUGAGCGUUUCUCAACGCAAAAAAUAAAUCCCAGGGGCGAGAGACUGUCCAGUCACAAUGACUCAUAUUUUGCCGCAGAGGAAUGCAGACUCAUCGUCAAGUCUUGUAUCUUUCGAAAUUUCGCCGUGCCAAACAAACGAAGAAACAUCAGAUUUGAUAAAAAGGUUAAAAUGUUUGCAGUUCAAACCGCCUUUAGUUGCCAUUGCCUGUCACCAGUUAGACGCAACACUCUCCUUAGCGAAAGAGGUCCAAGCAAACGGAUUUGACGCUAUGAUUCACAUCGCCGGGGGCACAAUGACUGAAGCUGAGGUAGCAGACGUAUUAGAUACUGCUCAAAUGAUUGGAUUGAGGCACAUUUUGGCGCUACGAGGAGAUUGUGUCUCUGAGUCUACCGAUUUUCCUCACACUGCCGAUUUAGUUCGAUUCAUACGAAAAAGGACGGGAAAAUACUUUACUAUAGCAGUUGGUGGUUAUCCAGAUACUCACCCCGAGGCAAUUUCACCGGAGAUGGAUAUCAUUUAUUUAAAACAAAAGGUUGAGUGUGGUGCAGAUUUUAUACUUACUCAAGUUGUGUUUACGAGUGAGCGGUUCAAAGAUUUCGUUCGCAGGUGUAGAGAGGUUGGAAUCACUGUUCCAAUUGUUCCAGGUAUCCUUCUUAUAGAGAAUUCUCAAUCAUUGCGGAAGUUUGCAAACAUAUGUCAAGUCGAAGUUCCCGAGAUGCUACUGAAAGAACUAGAGGGUGUGGAGAAUAGUUCCAGGAACCUUCAACAAUGGACGCACAAUGUUGCAGCUCAGAUUGCUCGUGAUAUACUCGAGGCUGGAACAUCUGAUAGAGCUCAUUUCUUCACGAUGAACAGGGUCCAAGAAGUCCAAGAAAUGCACGCCAGACUGACUAGUUCAUCGCAACGUACCUGAGAGGAGGAGGAAAGACUGAUUAGAGGGGCUUCAAGACAGAAAAAUUACGUGUUCGAGGCACGAAAUCAAUCUCUGAAAAAACCUCCGCCUAACGAACGAGAGAUGAACUUCACAAUUGUAGUAUUCUUAUGACCUUGUAAUACACAGUUCUGGUUCUUCUCAAAAGAUUAAUAAAUAUUAGGUCCUCAAAACUGA